GUGUUAGUAUAAUAUAUGACGCGAGUAGUAGCUAAAACUCUCUUCUUUCACCAACAGAGAGCCACGCUAGCCGAGAACGAGGUUCACACCCUCAAGGAACAACUCGAGACAGUCAAGUGCCAGAAGACAUUCAAGGAGAGCAACAACAACAAUAACAAUAACAACAACAACAUCAACAGCAACUCCAACAACAACAACAACAGCAGCAGCGCCACCACCACAACCACCACCACCUCCUCCUCCAAUUCCUCCAGCACCACCACUACCACCUCCUCCAUCGAGAUGGGCACCGAUUUAGUGGACUCCUCUGAGAUGUCCGAUAGAGCCGACAGAACUGGCAGGAACACGCCUAUUGAGGACCUUAUACAGUCAAAAGAAAGAGAGGUAUGUGGAGCUUCAUCCUCGAGCUCUACCUCAUCUCUAAAGCUUUUGGAAGCCGCUGAAGUAAGUUCCAGUCUCGCGUUUUACUUUAUGGGGGCAUGCGGAGUCUCUAAGGAUUAA